AUGGCGACUUCAGCACCGCCAAAGGAUAGGACGCUCCUAGCUGUAAUUGGAGACGAGGAUUCUGUAACCGGUCUUUUGUUGGCUGGAAUUGGGCAAGUUAAUGACGACCAAACCAAGAACUUCAUGAUCGUGGACUCUAAAACCUCUGUCGAGAAAAUUGAAGAGACCUUCCAAGAGUUUACCAAUCGCAAGGAUAUUGCGAUUCUACUCAUCAACCAGCAUGUUGCGGACCAGAUUAGACCCAUGGUAGACAAGUAUCAACAAGCAUUUCCAGCACUACUCGAGAUCCCUGCAAAGGACCAUCCAUAUGAUCCCUCUAAGGACUCCAUAUUAAAGAGGGUACAGAAGCUCUUUGGAGAGUAG